CCAAACCGGAACUUCCUGGUGGAGGACACCACCACAAACCGGCCCGGCUGAUCGGGGACUGUGAUCCGAGCAAUAGUGAUUGAAUGGUGUCGGAGUGUGGUUAGCAUCUUUAGGUUUAGGAGCGAUUAGAAUUAAGGUGAUUUCGAUGUGAUUGCCGAGUAGGCUGCGACACCGGAAAGCAUGAGCUACGUUGCGGAGGAAAAAAUCAAACUGGCAGGCGAGGACUCCAAAGAUCGGCUGUACGAGGCCAAACAGAACCAGAAGGCGAUCCGGAUUCUGACGGUGGCCGCGUACGUUCUGUGCGUCUCUCUGGUAGCCAUCAUGCUCUCACUGUACUACAUCUUUCUGUGGGAUCCCAGUUCGAACCAGGCGAUCGCCAAAACACAAACCGUUGACAAUAUCGUCAUCCCGGAUCACCUCGCAGUUCAGCUAGCGAACAGGAGCGAAGUACCGGCGGAACUAUUCUACACCAAUCUCUAUCGGAAUCUGAUCCACAGCAAAACCAUCAAAGCCCGCAAAUCGGCUGCCAUUAACGAGUCAUCCAAUCUGACUCGACUAAUCCAGCAGUAUCAUCGGCAUCGGGAUCAGCAAUCGACCGAAAGCCACUCCUCCCGAGAGGAGGAAAAGUUCUCUCUGCACGAAGCGGUCCCGAUAGUGCCGGGAGGAGCUCAACCUACCGGACUAUCGCCGGAUGCCAUGAUGGCCGACGAGGACGAUGGGGGUGAUGAUUACGAACAGAGUGGUAACUAUGGCCUGUACUCCAACCAUACGACGAUUCAGCUGGAUCCGGAUGAAUUGCAGCAGUAGGCGGUGGAAUUUCUUAAGCACCAUUGAUCUCAAAAUUAGACAAAAAAGCGAAAUGCGUUGCACCAACGGCUACAAUUUUCUAUGAGAUAAGAACCACAAUACUCACACAACUCAAAUUAAGCAGAGCGUGAACUCGAAAAAAAAGGAGAAUACUUAAAUUGGUGGCCUAAAAUUUGGAAAUGUUGCCCUUAAUUGAACUGACCCGAAGCGGUUGAAAAAUAUGCUUUAAAACAAAUUUUCAUGACCAAAUAACGAGUUUUAAACUAUAGAAUUCAUUUGGACAAUUGAUCACAUAUAUUUAAACGUUUACACCCCCCCCCAACAACAUUGUCGCACAUCUCUACUUCACUAGCACCUAUUGAUCGAUCGUCUUCACGAAUUUGAAGUACAUACAUCGGUUGAAUUUAACAGUUGAAUCAAAUGGUAAAAUUUUAACACUUUCUCAUUUUGAGGGUAGGAUUUAGCUCUCACUAAAAGGUAACAUUAUUUAACUAUAUUGAAAAGUAUUACUUACUACUAACACAUACACAACUCGGAUACAGGAUAGGGCGAAUAGCAAGGGUAUGACAUAAGUUAAAAAUUGCUAUGCGACACUUUUACUGUUUGUUAAGUUUAAUGUGGAAAUAACAAAGGAACAAUAAAGAUUUUAAGUAAAUGAA